GCUUCCUGUUCACUUUAAGAAAUAAAAAUGAAUGUGUUGCAUCGUCUUGCUCGGAUGCACAGGCUGUUUGCCGCAAAUGACUCUUUUCAAAAUGACAUAUAACUUACAGCAUUACAGUCUCUCGAUUAGCCUACUCGUGAUAUUCGCGGUAACGUUUUCUGUAGAUGGCGAGUUUCUGUCUCUGGAUCAUUUGAAACCUCAAGCAAGCGACAAAAUUCAGACAAGAGCUGUAGCCGACCUUCUGAAGCGGCUUAUAGGGAACAGAGCUCGAGAGUUCAAAGUGUUAGUCGACAGAACUUUGGCCAAUGGCAGCGUUGACGUAUGCGAACUCCGGUCAGCUAGUAACAACAGAAUCGCCGCGACAGGAAGCACGGGGGUAGCACUGGCUACCGGAAUAUACAACUAUCUAAAGUAUUUCUGCAACUGUCAUGUGUCUUGGUCAGGUAGCCAGCUGAAUAUUCCGCAACCACUGCCCGCCGUCACUGGGGUUCUGAGAAUCAGUACCCAACACAGGUUCAGGUAUUACCAGAAUGUGUGCACUCAGAGCUACUCCACAGUGUGGUGGGACUGGCCACGCUGGGAACAGGAGAUUGACUGGAUGGCCCUCAAUGGAAUCAACCUGCCCUUGGCAUUUAAUGGGCAGGAGGCCCUGUGGCAAGAGGUGUACCUCUCCCUUGGCUUGAAUCAGACGGACCUUGACGACUUCUUCACAGGCCCCGCCUUCCUGGCCUGGAACCGAAUGGGUAACCUGUUCCAGUGGGGAGGACCACUGCCUCAAUCCUGGCAUACCAAGCAGCUGUACCUCCAAUACAAAAUUUUGGGUCGAAUGAGAGCAUUGGGAAUGAUGCCAGUCUUGCCUGCCUUUUCGGGGAACGUGCCUCAAGCCAUUACCAGGCUGUUUCCUCAAGCAAAUGUGACCAAGCUGAACCCAUGGAGCCACUUUAACUGUAGCUACUCCUGUGCUUAUGUUCUGGACCCUCGUGACCCCCUCUUCCAGCGUAUUGGUGGUCUGUUCAUGUCCGAGCUAGUAAAGCUGUUCGGGACGGACCACAUCUACAACACUGACACCUUUAACGAGAUGACACCCGCUUCUCCAGAUCCGGCCUAUCUGUCCGCAGUCAGCAGCUCUGUGUAUUCUGCCAUGACAUCAGUUGACCCCCAGGCAAUUUGGCUGAUGCAGGGCUGGCUGUUUGUUCAUGACGUGGUCUUCUGGAAGCCAGCCCAGAUCAAGGCCCUACUACAUGGUGUGCCCAUUGGCAGAAUGAUAGUGCUGGACUUGUUUGCAGAGACCGCACCGGCCUUCUCCUCCACCCAGUCGUUCUAUGGCCAGCCUUUCAUAUGGUGCAUGCUGCACAACUUUGGGGGCAACAGUGGGCUCUUUGGCACAGUGGAGAGCAUUAACAUGGGACCCUUUGAGGCUCUUCAGUACCCCAACUCCACUCUGGUGGGGCUGGGCAUGGCCCCAGAGGGCAUAGAGCAGAACCCUGUGGUGUACGAACUAAUGAGCGAGCUCGCCUGGCGCAAGGAGCCUGUUAAUUUGGGGAAGUGGGUCUCCCUUUAUGCUGCCAGGCGCUAUGGUAACACCACUGAGAACCUGGCCACAGCCUGGAAGCUUCUGUUUCGAAGUGUGUACAACUGUACUGUGCCACACUAUAAGAACCACAACCACAGCCCCCUGGUGCACAGGCCAUCCUUACGCAUGUCAACUGAUGUGUGGUAUGACCCCAGGGACCUGUAUGAGGCCUGGAGGCUCCUGUACGAGGUCGCCCAGCCCCUCGUGUCUGUGGAGACCUUCAGGCAUGACCUGGUUGACGUCACACGACAGGCCUUGCAGCUGCUGACCGCCGAGUUCUACAGAGAAAUUAGGGACGCCUUCCAAAGCCAGAAGUUGCCAGAGCUGUUGACGGCCGGCGGGGUGCUGGUGUAUGACCUCCUGCCCGAGCUGGACCAGCUCCUGUCCAGCGAGAGCCACUUCCUUCUGGGGGUCUGGCUGGAGCGAGCGCACUCGCUGGCACUGAGUGAGCAGGAGAUGCAGCAGUACGACUUCAAUGCCAGGAACCAGAUCACACUGUGGGGCCCAGAGGGGAACAUUCUGGAUUAUGCCAGCAAGGAGUGGGGCGGACUGAUGGAGGACUAUUACUCCCAGCGCUGGAGCCUGUUUGUCAACACCUUGGUAGAGUGCCUGGAUAGGGGCUGGCCUUUUAAGCAGGAGACAUUCAACAAAGCUGUCUUCCAGGUGGAGAAAGGUUUCGUUUUCAACCAGAGGAAAUACCCGUCCAAACCGCAUGGAGACACCUACGAUAUUGUCAACAGAAUCUUCUUGAAAUAUUACCCACAAGCCUUGAAAAGACUGAACUGACUUUUUUGUCAGUCAAGUAAAGACUGUUCCCUACUGCAGCACAAAGAAUGUCUCUGCGUCCGUCUUCCCUGCUAGAUGAACAAGGAUAGGAAUCAGUGUUUAGCAGAUGCUGAGAAAGACAGUGCAGUAGGGAUGUUUUAUUCUUUUUUUGUGGGGAAAAAUGGAUGCUAAGAUGGGAUGAAUGUUGUUGUGGCUUCUCUGUUAGUCACAUACUAUGUCCUGAGAGCAGUGACACAGUGAGACAACUUCAUAUACAGUAAAACCUCAGAGAUAUGAACCUUGAGAGUUAUGGACCAACCAGUCAGUGGAACAGAGUAUGAACCUGGAGAUAGAAGGUGCAAUUAUGCCUUUUCAAGCUCUUGUUUUAUAGAUUCUUUUUUUUAUUAUGACUGAUCCAAAAAGCAGUAAAUGGAAAUAUGUCAAUGUUUAAAUUGAUUUUAAAAGUGGUAGUACACCUUGCAUUUUAUCUUUGCGUGGUGUGUUUCUGAUGGAAUGAAAUGAAAACAAUGGCAUUUACUUUGGUGCAAUGAAGUAGCCUAUGCUUUUUUGGUGCAUUGUUUGACAAGAUGGUGGAUGUGCUUAUUCAUUAACUGUGCUUGAAGCAGUGUAAGGGCUAAUAUAAUACUUUUUGUUACUUACAAGUUGACUCUUCCAAUCAGUUUUUUAAAACAUUGAGGUGGAACACAAUUUGGAAAUGUAAUGGUUAAAUACAGUAUAGCUACUUUUAUAAGCAGUGCCGUUCUGCUGCCAAACAUUCUGCCUUUGAACAGACCAGGGAUCACAUAUAGCUCUGCAACAAUUUCUCUGGAAAUAAAUGUGCCAAUUUAAUAAGUAUAAACCCGAUACUGCCUCAUGCAAGAUGCAUAGUAAGCUUUUAAUUGUGGAAUGAAAAUAGUAUGUGUUUUUCUCACAUAUUCACUAAAUGUGAAUAACUGCUUUUGCAUUAUUCAUCAGUGGGUGGAGUCUUUAUUUAGUAUAUUUUUUACACUGUGUCAAUUUAUUGCAUUUUCAUGAUCAUUUAUCAGACCAAAUACAAUGUUUGAGAUGGAAAGAAAGUAAUUCUGCUUGGUGCAGAGCUGACAUCAGUGGGCAUUAAUCUAGUGUGAUUGUUGUUGAGAUUACAUAUGCAUGAAUAUUUUUACUGAGUCCACUGUAUUUAGUUCUUAACAGUAAUACAUAAUAAUGAUUAUUAUAACUAUCCGAAGAAAAAAGGAAAGAAGAGUUUCUACUUAUAUGCCCAGGUAUCAAAACUGGUUUAAUAGGGGUGGGCAUUGGAACAGGCUGUGAUAUUUUUAUUUGUGUCCAUUGAAUAGUGGCAAAAUGUAGGCACAUACAUGUGCAAGAAAAUAUUUUGUGAGAAAUCGUCAAAAAUUACACAUCAUAGAUAGUCAUUUUUCAUAGAAUCUCACAUAUUAGUGGAUAAUCACCAAUGUUUUCUUUACUUUGUGUGAACUGACAGUUGAUAUAUUGUUUUUAUGGUUUUGUUGCAUGCCAUUUGUAUGUAUCUCCAUUUCUGCCUAAACACAAAUAAUGUUUACAUUUAAAAUGCUGUAUAAAUAUUUUUUAUGCUUACUCAACAAAUAUGUUUGAAGAAAUUCCUCUUAGUCAUUUUAAGAUAUUGCAAGAAAAUGUGAUGAUCAUUCAAAUGAUAUUGCUGCACUUUAAAUAGCCCGUGGCGGUGUACUGUAUAUACAGGGCGACUGGCACAUGCAUACUGCACAGUUGCACAGAGGCUGUUUUAUGCAGCAUCAGAUUGUUUUAGUUGAACUUGAUUGUGUAUGUUUGUAUUCAGAGGAUGUUAUGGGUUCCCUAUCCGAUACAGUUUAGUUGCAACAAUCAGAAUGCUGACAGUAUUGUAUUGAGGAUUUGUCCCCAUAGGUGAUUUUUAGGGGGGGGGGGGGGGGUAAAAUGCCUUCUCUUUUUUUGUUUUAUUUGAAAAUUGUGUAUAAAUAACUUGUAUAAAUAAAAGUACAAAUUCAAAUUACAUGAAGUAUAAAAAGCUUUUACAGUUAUUUUAAUGGAAGACCAAUGAUAUUACAGGUCAUUUUACUUUACAUAACUUGUGGCUGAUUAUGAACCCACAAGAAUUCACAUUUUUUCUUACCUCUAUGCAAAAUGACUGAUUUGUUUCACUUUGUGAAAAGUUGCAUAUUUGCUUGUCAAUGCAGUAAUCAAUUGUUUCUGUCUCUAAUAAUUGACUCGUUGAUCCCUACCACAGGAGAGGACAGGCAACAUUCAAUCUUAAAAUUUGCUUGAAGCCAAUGGCAUGUUGCACAGCUAAGCAGGAACAAAAUAGCAUGACUGAGGUCAUGAAUUCCACUGACUCAUCUGAUCACUUAAUCAUCCCCUACAUCUGAUUGGCUACUCAGUCUCUUGUAUUUCCUGCCCACUUUGAUUCCCCAUGUUUUCAAAUGAGACCAAAAUUCUCUGUUGACCUACCUGAUUAAAUAGGGGGUAAAAUGUUUUAAUGGAUAAACCUAAAAUUUUUACUUCAACUUGUUACCUUUUUUUAGGUUUUCUGAAAUUCAAAUUUUAAGUCAAUUUAUAUGAACCACUGCUAAAACUACUACUGGGAUGGUAAUGUCCUCAUGUGAACCCCUUCAGCUGAAGAGCAUAAAUGGAAUGCUAAAUUGUUCCAUGUGGUUACUGUCCACAGAUACUGAGCUUGACUUGUGACAAUGCUCUGUCUGGUCAUUGGGGGAUCAGUAAAACCUAAAUCAUAUUUUUAAUAGCUUCUUUUGUUCUGGUUUGAAACUGAUUUGUGUAGGUGCUGUUGCUCAUGUCAUGCAUGCCAGUUGACUGGUAAGCCAAAUAAAGUGAUUCCAAAAGGGCCUCUUAGUCAA